AUGACGACCGUAAGUUGUGCUGUGAUUGGGUUUGAAGAGACAGAGUACACAGUGUCUGAGAAUGGAGGGUCUGUGCCUGUGGUGGUGUCUGUUCUGGAGGGAGAGCUUUCCGAAGAUGUGACUAUCGUCUUCUCCACUGAAGACGGCACUGCAACUAGAACAUUUCCAGUAGACUACACUGCGACGACACGAACGCUGGUGUUUGGUCCUGGGAACACAGAACAAACCAUUGCCGUCCCAAUCUCCAACGACCAGGUCCUCGAAGACAUUGAGAACUUUUUCGCCAAUCUCGUCCUCUUGAGGAAUCCCGAUGAUUUGGACGUGAGCGUGGAGCCGUCUCGGACCGAAAUAACCAUCACAGACUUUGGAGAUGAUGUGGAGAUAGGGCUGGAGAGGACUUCCUACACCACAGAGGAAGAGGUAGUCAAUGUGGAAGUGUGUGCGAGGAUACAGCGAGGCAUGCUAGAGAGAGAGGUCCAGGUGGAUCUACAGACAUUCGACGGAACUGCCGUCAGUACGGGAUCUAACGCAGACUACACCUCUAGCAGUGUAACUCUGACAUUUGACGCCUCUAACACUCUUGAGUGUGUCCGUAUCCCAAUCAACGACGAUGAUGAUCUCGAACCAAACGAGAUGUUCACUGUCUCCCUCACUACCACUGAGCCUGACGUCAUCCUCGACCCCAGGAAUGGAGAAGUCAUCAUUCUCAAUCGCGACGAAGUGACGAUAGGGUUUGGAUCCCCGAUCUACUCUGUCGAUGAGAACGAGGGACCGCAGGAGGUGUGUGUGGUGGUGAUGAGCGGUGGGUUCCAGAUCCCUGUCAGAGUCACUGUCAACAGUAGAGAUGGUUCAGCUUCCCUAUCAUCAGAUUACACAGCUGUGAACAACAGAGUCCUGACCUUUGAGCCUGGCUCCACUGAGGAAUGCUUUGAUGUGGGCAUUACCGAUGACACGGUGGACGAAGAAGAUACAGAGGAUCUGUUCCUUACGAUAACGACCAAUCAGGAUGGGGUCAUCCUCACUCCCGACACCACACGAGUCGUCAUUACUGAUGAAGACCAGGUGGUGAUAGGAUUUGAGCUGACGACUGUGACAGUGACUGAACAACAGGACUCUGCUGAGCUGUGUGCGUCCAUCAUGGUCAACACUCUGGCGAGGACAGUUGAUGUAACUCUGUCCACUCAGCCCGGAACUGCCACAGCUAAUGUUGACUACAGCUCGGUCAGUAAUGCAGUGUUCAGGUUCAGCCCGUCGGUGACUCGCCAGUGUACCACGGUCGCUAUCAGAGAGGACAACGCGGUAGAGCCAGACAGCGAGACAUUCACUGCCACACUGGUUGACACUCCCAGCGAGGGCAUCAUCCUGCGCCCAGAUUUAGCCACUGUCACCAUAUUGGACGAAACAAUUGCGAGGUUUGGGUUUGAGAGGACAAUGUACACUGAGGUGGAGGGCAACAUGGAGGAAGUGUGUGUGGUUCUACAGAGUCCCAUCAGACUCGACAGAACAGUCACCCCUAGAGUCACCAGCCAAGACAUCACUGCCACUGCACAAAGUGACUAUGUAGCAGUGGAUAUUGAAAUACCGUUUACACCUGGGAGUACGAGAGAGUGUUUCAACGUGAAUCUCCUAUCGGACGACAUUCUGGAGGAAACGGAGCAACUGGGACUGAACCUCGUGCAGACAGAGGAAAGAAUGAGUUUUGAUCCACAGACGACCAUUGUCAACAUUCUCAGCAAUGGUACAGUGGUGAUUGGGCUGGAGCCCAGUUCAUACACUGUGUCUGAAGUCACGCCGACUCAGGAAGUGUGUGCCACUAUCAGAGAGGGGAGCGUUGAUAGAGAUGUCGUAGUCACUCUCUCAACUCAGCCACGGUCUGCCAGCGGAGGUGGGGUUGACUUUGGUACGAGUUCCGUGGAUCUUGUCUUCAACAGUGGAACCACCCGGGCCUGUACCCAGGUACCCAUCGUAGACGAUGACAUUGACGAAGACGACGAGAUGUUUGAUGUGACUCUCACCACCACUGAAACUGGUAUCUCGCUGGCUCCAGACCAAGGCAUGGUCACAAUCACUGACGAUGACGUUGUGACCAUUGGGCUGGUGCCGACUAGUAUCACAGUGUCAGAGGACGAUGGAGAGGUGGAGUUCUGUGCCGGGGUGACUGGAGACGUAACUCUCGGG